AAUCCGCGCGGCGGGGCCGUGCGAAGGGGAGGAACGGGAAGAUGGCGGCGCUGCAGGGGUAUCCCGUCUCGGUGUCUUACAGCCACAGCGGCUCCGCCGACACAUCCGCCGGGCCGCAGCCCCAGCCGCAGCCGCCACACGCCGAGCGGAGCAAAGAAGAGGCGACAGAAGCUGAGAAACUGAGUAGAAUGAACUCCUUGCUUGAGAAACUGCAUGCAAAGUACAGUCAGACAAGACCCUGGACUGAAACAGCAAAACUUGUUCGGCAAGCCAUGGAGAAAAGAAGUAUAAUGAACACUGGAGGCCACCAGCAUCUUAUUGCCUGUUUGGAGACUCUGCAGAAAGCAUUAAAAGUCAUGUCCCUGCCUGCAAUGACAGACCGCCUUGAGUCUAUUGCCAGACAGAAUGGCCUUGGUUCACACCUGAGCCCUUCUGGUACUGAGUGUUACAUUACGUCAGACAUGUUCUAUGUGGAAGUGCUGUUGGAUCCAACAGGCCAAGUGUGUGAUGUCAAGGUGGCACACCAUGGAGAAAAUCCUGUGAGCUGCCAGGAACUGGUGCAGUAUCUGAGAGAGAAGAAUUUUUUGGAGUUCUCAAAUCACCUUAAAGGUCUCGUCAAUUUAUAUAAACUCCCAGGGGACAAUAAAUUGAAAACUAAGAUGUACCUGGCCCUACAGUCCCUGGAGCUUGAUCUUUCUAAGAUGGCACAUAUGUUCAGGUUAGCAACAAAUGCAAGUAACCUUGAUACAAUACUUCAAGGAAGUGUUGGUUACCUUACCCCAAGGAGCGGUGGACACUUGAUGAACUUAAAGUACUACAUCUCUCCUUAUGACCUGUUUGAAGAGGGAACUGGUUCUCCUAUGAACCUUAAUGAAAGUAACGUUCCCCGUUCCUUGGGGAUGAAUGUGUUUGUAACAAUUGAGGGACCCACCACGGCAAUGUGUAAACUGCCGAUAGCCCCCCUGAUCAGUGGUUCUCAUCCCACAGACAACAAAGGCACUCCUUCCUUCUCUUCUGUGACAAAUGCAAACAGUGUGGACCUUCCAGCCUGCUUCUUCCUAAAAUUUCCAAGGCCAAUUCCUGUAUCAGCGUUCUGCAUUCAGAAACUUCAGAACUUUUUAGGUAUCCCGCUCUUUGAUCCUCCUGCCGCUCCAGUUCCACUCUAUGAAUUGAUCACCCAAUUUGUACUCUCAGGGAAGGAUGGCAUCUCAUCAACUUUGAAACACAACAUGCGGUUUUAUGCUUCUUUACCAGGCCAGCAGCAUUGCUACUUUCUGAACAAGGAUGCCCCAAUCCAUGAUGGAAGGUCCCUGCAGGGGACACUACUUCAUAAAAUCCCUUUCAGACAUCCAGGCCAGGUGCCACAAAUCCUGGAACUUAUCCGACAUCAAGUGGCCUACAACACACUGAUUGGGAGCUGUGUGAAAAGGACUGUGCUAAAAGAAGAUUUACCUGGACGUUUGCAAUUUGAGGUGUGUCCACUGACUGAUACCAGCUUCAGCCUGUCUUUCCAGCACCCAGUCAAUGACUCCCUUGUCUGUGUUGUGAUGGAUGUACUGGACUCAAGACAAGUGAGCUGUAAGCUCUAUAAAGGACUCUCCGAUGCCCUCAUCUGUACUGAUGACUUCAUUACCAGAGUUGUACAGCGAUGUAUGUCCAUCCCAGUGACGAUGCGAGCAAUCCGUCGAAAGGCUGAGACCAUCCAAGCAGACACUCCAGCCUUACCCCUCAUUGCGGAGACAGUCGAGGACAUGCUGAAAAGGAAUCCACCACCAGCCACCAGUCCUGGCUACAGUACACAACUGGGCAAUAACCCAGGUAGUGGCACCACGACUCCAACAAGCACCUUUCCUGGGCCCAUUACCAACAUCUUCAAUUUAGGAAACAUGGGAGUGAAAGAAAGGCAUGAGUCAGGGCAUGUGGAGGAUUCUUUUAAAGUAAAUCAGAACCCCAUUCUGACUAGUUUACUGCAAAUUACAGGGAGUGUUGGUUCAUCCAUUGGUUCAAGUCCUACGCCACCAGGCCAUACGCCACCACCAGUAUCUUCCCCUGCAAGUAAUACCAAAAAUCACCCCAUGCUCAUGAACUUACUUAAGGACAACCCAAGUCAGGAUUUCUCUACACUGUAUAAUAGUAGUCCUUUGGAGAGGCAGAAUUCUUCAUCAAGCUCUCCUAGAAUUGAUGUAGCUUCAGGCAGCACCAAACAGAAAAAAAAGAGGACAAGAUCACAGACAGAUAAGCCCAAGCAGCAACAGACCGAGGAGGACUUUCAGAGAGAGCUCAUCUCCAUGGACUUUGAUGCUCCAAACAGUGUCUUUGAUGUAAACUUGGCGGGAGAUUCUUUGGACACUCCGCACAUCACCCCUGCCCCCAGUCAAUGUAACACACCACCUACUACCUAUCCUCCCACGGUUGUGCAUUCUCAGCAAUCCAGUAUGCCGAGAAUGGUGCGCCUACCCAGCACAGACAGCAUUGGAGCAGAUGUCACUGAGAUUCUGUCUGACAUAGCAGAACAGACUGCGAAACUGGCCAGCACAGGGGACAAUUGCCAGUCCAUUGGGACACCAGUCCGUGAUUCUUCGAGCUCUUCUCAUUCUGCUGUAAAUAGUACAUUUGAUGCAGAUGUUUUUCAAGGUGAAAGCAAUGAGAACACAUACACCGAUCCUGCAGAUUUAAUAGCAGAUGCUACUGCUACUCCAACCAGUGACUCUUCAAACCAGUUUUUUCCCGAUGGAGUAGAUUUUUUAUUAGAUAAUCAAAGUGGGAACAAUUUUGUGAGUGGCUACUUUGAUGAGAGCAGCCAGGGUGGAGAUGGCGAGGACACAAAGAGUUUUCCGUCACAAGCACUUGACUCGAUUAAUGUGCAUGCAAUGAGUAGUGAUGCUGGAGAUCGCUCCAAAGGAAGUAGCCAUACGGACAUGGUGGAUUUCAGUAUGUUUACAAGUGGCAGCAAGUCAUUAGGGCCAUCCGAUGGGAUGGAACACAGUGGGAAUCAGAGCCCUUUGUUGAGCACUGUGGAAGUAGGAAAAAUGGAUAAAUCUCAAAAGCAGCGAUCUGCUAAGGAGGGAAAUGGUAGCAGCAACAGCAGUUUAUCAGGGAUGGGUACGGAUGGAAAGCCUGGGAAACGCACCAGGACACCAUCAAAUGAAGGGAAAAGCAAAGAAAAGCCUCCAAAACGCAAGAAAACUGACUCCGAAAGUAAAUCUCCCUCUCAUAGUGUAUCAAGUCGUCCUUUCACUCCGCCAGCUAGCACCACUGGCUCUAAGUCACCUGGAAGUUCCAGCCGGUCACAGACACCACCUAGUGGGGCCACCCCUCCAAUUCCAAAAAUUACAAUUCAGAUUCGCAAAGAGAUGGUUGGCAAAUCGUCCUCACAUAGUCAGUUUGGGUCAGGCUCUUCAUCCAGCAGUAAAAGUCACCACUCGCAUUCCUCAACUUCCUCUUCCUCCAGCAAAGUGAAAAGCAACAAAUCGGAAGGCUCUUCCAGCUCGAAAAUGAGCAGCAGUCUUUAUCCAGGCCAAAGCAGUACCAGCUCAAGCCAGUCUAAGAGUUCUUCUCAGUCCAUGGGAAAACCCAGCUCUUCUCCAGUCACCAAGCAUGGGUUAAGCAGUAGUAAUAGUUUGAGUUCCAGCAACAGUGGUAGUAAUAAAAUGAAACCGCAAGUUAAGUCAUCAUCCUCCUUGGUUAAUCCAUCUGGAGGAAAACCCAAUGUGUCUCCUUCCCAUUCGAGACCUUCAGGUAACUCAGACAAACUUUCAUCACCAUUGAAGCCCAUCCCCGGGACCCCGCCUACAAAGGCAAAAUCUCCAGUAAGUUCUGUCUCGGGGAGUUCUCACAUGUCAGGUUCUAGUUCCAGUUCAAGCAUGAAACAGUCUUCUGGUAUGGCAUCCUCAAGUUCUUUGAAUCAGAAGCCUCCAACCUCCUCCUCCUCCUCAGCCUCCUCUUCCUCAGCUUCCUCAAUGUCCUCAUCUCAGAAUGCUCAUGGAAACUUAAUUAAAGGAAAAUCUCCAAGUCGAACCAAGAAGCCAUCCUUGACUGCAGUGAUUGACAAGUUGAAACAUGGUGUGGGUGGCAUAGGUGGUUCGGGUUCAGAAGACUGUGCAGAUGGUCAAGUGAGUACGGCAACAAUGUCUUCUACUCAUAGCAUGCCAUCCAAACACAAUAUGUCCCCUGCAGAUUACCAGGGAAAGCGAGAGAAAAGUGACAAAGAUGGAAAAUCCAAAGUGUCUGUCUCAGGCAGUUCAGGUGAUGGUGGAAAGAAAUCAUCUGACUCCAAGAAUGGUGGUGGUACUGGUGUGGCAAAAAUUAUUAUUAGCAAGCAUGAUGGUGGUUCUCCAAGCAUUAAGGCCAAAGUUACCUUGCAGAAGCCAAGUGACGGUAGUGGUGAUGGUUUGAGACCACAGAUAUCUGGUGCAAAAAACUAUGGUUCACCGUUGUUCAGUGGUUCAACGCCGAAACAUGAACGCUGUUCACCAAGUUACAGCAAAUCUCCUGCUUACACCCCCCAAGGGGGAGAUAGUGGCAGCGAAUCAGGAUCAUCCUUUGCUGAGAAGUCCCACCAGAACAGUCCGAGUUCAGAUGACGAUGUCCGACCACUCCCUGAGUACAACUUAGAAAAGCAUAAAAAGCACAAAAAGGAGAAGAAGAAGGGCAAGGAUAAGGAUCGUGACAGGGACCGAGACCGCGAUAGAGACAGGGAGAAGAAAAAAUCUCACUCCAGCAUCAAGCCAGAAAGUUGGUCAAAGUCUCCUAUUUCAACUGACCAAUCCUUAAAUAUGGCAGGGAACACAUCCCUGAACUCUGAAAGGUCGUCUCGCCCUAGCCCAGCAUUUUUGUUUGGAGAUGAUGAUGACCUUAUGAAUGUGGCUCUGAUUGGAAACUGAAUCAAAGUGCAUUGUUUUUAAAGCAAGGCUGUCUAUUGUGUGACAAUAGUAUUUUAUUGCUGAUUACAUGAGAUUCUUGACUUUAAGCUAAUAACUUGCUGAGAAUCUGGCAGAUGCCUCAGUGGUGUUAAGCUUGUCAUUUUUUAAUGUCAGCAACCAUUUAUCAAACAGUGUAUGUGAAAUGUAACAUAUUGUAUAUUUUUGAGAGAUUGGGUUUUGUUAAGUCUUACAUGAAAAUUAUUUUGUCUUCCCUUGCUUAUCAGUCUUUUAAGGGGGCAAAAUCCACCCAAAUAUUGGGGUUUUUGUAUGGAGACUUCCUGGCCCAAAACAAAAGGUUGGGCCCAAAAAAACUUAGCAAUUCUUCACUAAUUGCUCCUAAUCUCCUCUUUGUGUUUGGUUCCUACAUUUUACAGCUGUUUUACUGACUGAAAUAUACUUUAAAAUUGAAAGGAGACUGAGGCCUUGUGUGCUAAGUCUCUCAUAUUUUUCAAAUGACUAAGAUGACCAUGCGAAUACUUUCUCCUUGUCUCCCAUGCCACGUACAAAGAUUGUAUUUAACUAUUUGCAAGGCCCAGAUUCUUUUAUAUAAAAACCUAAGAUGCUUUUAACAUACUUUAUUUUUAACUAUUUAUUAAUCUCUUAACUUCAGAAUUGUUUCAUGUGUUAAUUCAAAUCAUUUUUUAAAACAGUUUCUAAAGCUUCUUGUAAUCUAUUUUGAAGGCAAAGGUUUUGCAUUGCUUUGAAUACACAGGCUGUGCUGCAGCCUUUUUUUCAGUUUGGUGAAGAGUAAGAAUAUAUACUAUCAUUUGUAUUAACACUUUGAAGCUGAUGAUUUAGUUCAGUUGAAAGAAUUUUUGUCAUUUCUUGGUCAUCUGUCAAAUUCAGUAUGUGAUUUUUGUCUUGUAACUGUUUCCUACUUCCUCCCAGUUUAAUGUUGUGAGUUGGGCGGUGUAGGAGUUUGCAUGCCUAUGCACCGUUAGGUUGAAACAAAAGCUUUUGCUAGUUAUCAGAAAACUGAACCAGCCAAACGUUUUAACUGAUUUCCCAGAUACCUAUUACCUUUGACAUAACUUUGUAUCCAUUGAAUAACCAGUGAAAGAUAAAUGUUCUCCCUUUUGUCCUGAUGAUAGAUGGUUAGUUGCUGUCACCAGGAGACCAUGCUUAAUUACAUGCAGACACUGUUCUUAAAAGGAGGGAGAGAAUACUGUCUGCUAUGCAUUGUCUAAAAUUCAUGGUAAUACCUCUUUGUGCUCUCCAGUUCAAAAAAGAUCAGAACUAAAACGUAACAGUGCUUAAUUGGAAAAUGUAAGUGCAUAUUGUCUGAUUUCACAUUAUUGUUGGGGAAGGUUCUUGCUUCCCCCCCUCCCCCCCCCCCCCCCCCUCCCCCCUCCAUUUGAUGUACUUUCAGUGGAAUUGUGAAGCAUCUUUAAAGCAUCUAUAUCACCCAUGCAACCAGAUCAUGACAAGCAUAGGCUAGUGUUUAACCCAGCCUUGACCCUGUGCAUUAGCUUCAGGGAUGGUAAAGCAUUAACAUUGGGCAGUAUUAAUAUAAAACUGAAACUUUGUUUCACUGUUGUUCUAACACCAGAUUUUAGCAAAUGCCACAGAUAUUUCUUAUAAGCCAAAUAUUUAAGAACAUGGCCUAACUGCUGUGCAUCUCAAAGCAAAUGUUGAAAAUUAAACUUGGGGUCUAGAGUAAUUAAUGAAUUGUUCAGAUCUCACCAGUGGUUCAGAUGAUGGGAAGAGUGUUAUCCUUUUGCCCUCCAGUUUUACCAAAGAAAUUGCCAAAUAAAGACUCAUUGGCAUUUUGUUCAAUUGGUAAUGAUUUUGUUUGAUGAUAGCAAAUGCAUGAUCAGUUGCAGUUUAUCGAUAGUGCAAGGGUGACUGCUGAAUGUACUGAACAGCUGUGAAAGCUCUGCCACCAGAAUCUAAUAGGUUAUAAUAUUCACAUUGAUGCUGUUUAUGCUGUGAGCAUGGGUGAAAGACUUGCAAUUACUGAUGGGAUAUUUCCUAUAUGCCCCACUUGAUUCCUUUUGUGCGUUGAAGUGAAGGGAAAUAAAUUGUCAGUGUGUUAAUGACCAGACAAUGCAUAUUGCCAGUCUUCCAUCCAGGCUCAAAAGUUAAAAUUCACCCCAUUCUCCUAGAGCAGUUCUUGUCUCUGCCAGUGCAAGACUAACCUCAAGUAUUUCCUUUCCUCUUACUAUUGGCCUUAGCUCAAAAUCUCUUGUCCAGUCUGUACUUUUAUAUCUUUACUGGUAAUCAGCCCUCACCAUUCCCUAAGUCCUCAAAGCACUGACUCGUAUUUGGGUAAUACAAGCACCAGCUGCCCAUAAAGGUUGCACCUAAGUAGCUGUAUUCUAUAUGUCAUGACAAUGAAUGCCAGCAGGUUCUUUGAAGGGCAUUGUUCCAAAGCCUAGCCCUGUCCUUGCUUAAUAUCCUGUGUAGUUGCAGUUUCCAAAUGGUAGCAGAAGGUGAUUGGUAACUGACACCCAGGCCCACGAUUCCCUACUUAGGCCAUUAGUGUUGGAACAAACCCAGUUACAGCCCUGAUGAGGUUUGUGUGCUCAGCAAAGACUGAGAAUCCACCCACUUUUUCAUUGCUUAAAGCAUUUGUGUUUUGUAUGGGAAAUACCUUAAAGACUGUUUCAUUCUGUGGAUUGUGGCAGUUUCUUUAAUGAAGGUACAAAAUUUGAUGACUUGAAAACUGAAGUCAGCGUCAGGUACAAUUUUAAAAUAUUAAUGAAAUUUGACAAUUGCAUUGACAGUAUUAGGAAAACAUAAUUUAAUUCAUUAUUGAAAAAUGUUUGCAAAGUAUGAAAUUAAGUCCUGUCAUUGAAUGACAGUUUUUAUUAAACUGCAAUUUUCAACUAUAAGAGCUUUCACUGAUAUUGUCUUUUCCAGCACUGGGUUAUUGGUAUUGAGACAGAUAAAAGCUACGAUUUUUAGCACCAGUGUAUGUCAGAUUGCAUUUUGUGCACAGUUCAAUGGGUUUGCAAGCUUGCAGAGGUGCCUUGGUUUUUUAAUUGCUCUGUGUUUAUUCACUGUGGCUAAAUUCAGGCAUGAAACAGAAUUGUAAAAGCAAAACGUUACAGCAGAAAAUCAGGCUAAACAGUCCCGUAAGUCUGCCCCAGUUGUUUUCUCCAGGUGUGCCACCUGCUCUAAUCUCUUGUUUCAUUUGUUCCCUAUUCCAUGGUUUGUCUCUCAUUUUUAAGUAUUUAUCUAAACACCUUAAAAGGCAUUUAGAGAUUCUGUUUCAUUUAUGAUCUAAAAUGUCAAAAUUUCCCACAUCUCGAAAUAAAUUUUUCUUUUAUUUUAUAUUGGGACAGCAUGUGGGGAAAGAAAAGUGAAAGUGCACAACUGGUUAGUCGGCAACCAAAAGUGAAAAUUAUUGAGUAUUAAAUAUGGAUUAUCUUCAGUCACCCUAAGUGAGAAUGGUGCCUCAAAUCUGAACCAUAUUUGUCAAAACGGGCAAAUGGAAAAGCAAAAGGGUAUUUCUGGAUGUAUUGUCAGAAUUUUGAUUUAAGUGAACAUACAAUUUACAUUUUCCCAGUAUGAUGUUCUGUGUGCCUAACUAGUUGGUGUUCCCAGUUGCCUGAAGAGUAAAGUUGCAUCUUUGUGAGCAGUGCAGACCUGAGCAGCCAUGUUUCAUUCCUUGUCUCUGCUGCAUUUUAACCAGUAGUGGCUGUAUCUUUGUACCUCCAGACUUUAGAGAGGAGCAAAACAGCUUUAAUUUUUCAUCACUGUUCAGUGGUGCCUGUGAAAAAUGCUGUGCAAAAACAUCUGUAAUAUCCAACAUAGUCAAAACUUCGGACCGAGCACCCAGUAUAGUCCUAAAUAAGGAAUGACCACUUUGAUGAGGCAUCAAAUGUGCCCUGGAACUACCCCAAGAAGAGUCGGUGGUGAUGAUAACAGUAGGAAAAAACUGCUGCCAUGAAUCAAUUUUAAAAUUCCUAUUGUAGAAUUAAAAUCACAUUUCUCCCUACUUUCUCAUUUAGGUAGCCAUUUUGAAGUUUUCUAGUGGUUGCUUGAAGUAGUUGGUUGGGUGUGUGUGUAUAUAAAAAUAAAAGUCAAAAUGUGAGGCUUUUUUCUUUUAAAUUAUUUCCAGAAACUUUCAAAUAUUUGCUUUUUAAAAAAAGUAUUUUUAUAUAUAUUUUGACAUAAGACCUUGUAAUUUCUCUUUGUACAGUGAUCUCAGUGUGACAAUGAAAAUGCCCAGUGUUUGACUAAAGCAGAUGUAGGUAAAGAAAAUGGGUGACCACUUCAUAUUUCAUUGAGAAUUGUUUUGCUUUUCCAUGCUGCAUGUAAGUUGAUUUGCAGAUUUCUUCCUAUUUAACAUAAAAGCUAGAUUUGUGCCAUACACCUUGCAACAUGUAAAUAUUUUUCUGGUGUCUGCAUUGAAAUAGGUGUUACUUUGCAGAAAAAAAUAGAGGUGUUAUUGUUCAUAAAUACUUGGAAAGUAGCAGGAGUACUUAUAUGUGUUAACAUUACAUUUGCAGGAAUUUGCUCUGUAUAUUGCAGUGUUGACUGUUUCUGCAUUGUAAUUUUGAUGUUUCCUUAAAAACAAAUUGUAGAGAAGCUGGGGAUGAUUUGGCAUAUCACAUCCUUUCACUUUUAAUACCUGGGUUUAAAUGCAUCCCAGACUAUUGGAUUCAGAGGCUCUUUAGGACCAUCAGUGAAGUGUGUUUAAAAUCUCAGAAGGACACAACCCAGACAAUGGUGUUUCUAUUCAAAGUUUGGGAUAAGAUUUGUGUUUCUAUUCAUCACACCGGUAUGAGCUGCUUGAUGGAGCUACUCAAUUAAUUCCACACACUCGCUCUUUCUGCUGAGGCUUGAUAAUUUUUCUGUCAAGUAUUUAUCUAAUUCCCUCUUGAAGCUGCCCCUGUGUCACCUGAUUCUCUUGUAAAUCACCUUAAAUGUUUGUCCUUCAGUUAUUAACCUUUCUGCCACGAAGAAUAGUUUAUCCUAAUGACUUUAGCAAAAGCUUCCAUGGUUUUGAACCACCUCUUUCAAAUCUGUUAAUCUGUGUGAGAGAUGCAAGGUCACCUUGACCAGAAAUGCCAACUUUAUUUCUCAUGGCACGUGUUGCCUGACCACCUGAGUAUUUCCAGCAUUUCGUGUUUGAUUUCAGAUUGUCAGCAUCUGCGAUAUUUAGCUUUUUUCUUAACCUUCUCAACUUAAGAACAGACCCAGCUUCUUUAGUCUCUCCACAUAACUGAAGUUCCUCAUCUCUUUCUCGUAAACUUCUGCACUCUUUCCAAGGCUUUGGCAUCUUCAUAAUCUGUGGUGUUGAUCACAGCAUUUGAGUUGAGACGAGCCAGUGUUUUCUAAAGGUUUCAGUGUAACUUUGCUUUUGUAUGCUCUGCCUCAUUCAUAAAGGACCCCAUGUGCUUUUCUUAGCAAUCUUCUCCAUCUACCCUUCACUUUCAAAGACUUGUGUACAUAUGACCCAGAUCUCUCUGUUCAUGCAUCCUUUAUAAAAUUGUAAAUUCUAAAAUGUAAAUAAAAUUUUAAUUACUUG